GACACCUUACCAGCGUUCGCUGGCAGGUCGAACAAGAGCUUUGGGGUUUUCAUGACACUGCCAGUGUUGAUACCUCAUGCGCCCAGCCAGCCAUCUCUUACCGCGCUGAGAGUGGCAGUGACCAUCGUGCACCCGGUCGCGAUUCUGUGCACUGCGUUCCGGCUGGGAUACCGGUGGUUCCGACUGAGCUUCUGGUGGGAUGACGUUCUGGCAUGUCUUUCAAUGGUGCUGGACUUGAUAUGUCUGAUUGGUGUCUGGAUGCUCACUGACACCCCAUGGACCGGUCCUCUACAUCAAUCACUACACGCCCGGACGGUCGCGUAUUGGCUCUCGUCGAUAUCCUUCACAUCCGUACUAUGGACGGCCCGACUGAGCAUCCUUUACUCCGUCAUACGAAUCACGCCGCCGAAGAUGACCCUUCGUCGCUGCACUUAUCUCGCCGUGGUCCUCUUCCUCCUAAUGUACGCCGGUGUUAUCGUAAGCAAGGUGUACGUCUGCGUGCACGACCCUAAAUGGCAGCAGUCUCCGAUCCUGCAAUGCCAUCUGGGGCGUGGGAUCGCUAUUGCCGAGCUCACCACGGAUGUGGUAGCAGACAUCGUCCUGGUCGCAAUCCCAUGGGUCUUACUAUCCCGCCUGCGCCUGCCCAGCGCGCACCGCAUCCUCCUAUCGACCAUAUUCUCCGCGAGCCUUGUAACCACAGCCGUCAGCAUUCCUCACGCGGUCUAUGUCCUCGGACCCGAAGGUCUCCUCUCCGAUAUAACCGCCCACGUCGAGGUACGCUCUGCCCCCAACUAUGAUCCGCCCGCUGCCUCUGACGAGUAUCAGGCCGGUAUAUCCCUGAUCGUCGCGAACAUGCUCGUUAUCGUGACCUACCUGUAUCGAGUGAUCAAACGCGGCAAGGACAUCGACGCGCCCUCCGUCCACCCGCCUUGCGAACCCGAGCGUGUGUCCCUCCCGCCGCAGCCGUCGUGGACGCGCUCGAUCAUCCUGAACACAUACGAUCUGCAGCAGAUCGGCGCCGGCAUCGAGGAGGCGGGGACCCAGCACUCGGGCUCCGCGGAGUCGCAGAUGAAUGCUGCGACUACGAUGGCGGAGCCCUCGCUCAGGCGGGAUGUCUUUGAUGAUGAUCAUUCGCACAAGGGGGUGAUGACUAUAAUGACUGAAACGAGGUCUUCCUGGCGGAGGAAGCAGGGGUAGCCGACCUCGUCAGUGUAUGAUGAUACGCGCACCGCGCAACGACGCUCACGAUUCUAUCUUACAAUAUGUUAUAAUGGCAGCGACUUCUUGCAUAUACCUUCUAGAUCGAGUUCACAUGUACGUUCGUUGAGACUCGUAAUGCGGAUAAUGAGAAUGGCGGGUUGGAUUCUUCAAGGUCUCCCACAUUUUGGAGUACCC